GAACCGAUCAUUUGAGAGGACAUUCGAAGAAAGUUCAAAAACCGAGAUCAAACCGUUUACGUCUGGAGUUCCGUUUCUCGCACCGAGUAGUGAAUUACUGGAAUUCUCUACCGUAACAUGUAAUAUCAGCACCGUCUGUUAAUAUAUUCAAAACGAGUUUGGACCUCCACAGUAUAACAAACUGCAAGGAUUAAUAUAGGUCGAUAGACCUCCUAUCCUUAUUACUGAAGACUGAAGACUAAAUUCGAUAAAGAUUUGAUGUUUGUGACAGCGCAAUUUUUAAUGUCUGCGGUUUGGCGUGUAGCCACGACCCAUCCGAAAAAGCUUGUAGCUGGGACACUAUGUUUAGUCUAUUGUUAUAAGUUUACGGGGGAAAAAUAUCGAGACUACGUUUUGCACCGAGAAAUAUGCUCCCAUGUAUCUUCAGAAAAUUACAAGACCGUUAAUAGCACACAACCUCUACGCAGCCUGACUGUGUUUGUAAAUCCAUUCUCGCGUCGUGGAGGACUUUUAAAAGAGUUUGAAAACAAUGCUGCUCCUAUUUUAAACCUAUCUGGUCUUGACGUUAAAAUGGUUUAUCUGGACACCGAUUCUGAAAUAAAGGACUUCAUAAAAGUGCUAGAUCCGAGCACUACUGACGGUGUUUUAGUUGUUGGAGACGACAAUUUGAUCCAAAAAGCAGUUACAAGUUUGUUAUCCCGGGACGAUUUUAAAACUACUCCUUUGUGGUCAUUGCCAGUCGGAGCGGUGCCCGUAGGUAUUUGGAAUGGGCUUAUAAACUCCAUCUGUGAAAAAACAGUUGUCCCUAAGUGGUUUUACAACGCUUUACAUUCUGUCCUACAACAGAAUACUAAAAGGAGAAAUGUUUUGGAAGUAAAAGUUAUUUCAGACGAUAGUCAACCAAUUGAACAAUCAAAGGCGUCAUCUGCGAAUACUUAUUCUUUAUUAGGUAUUGAAUGGAAUAUUUGGAGAGAUAUAGAACUUGGUGGGGGUUGUGGUGUUAGUGAUAGGCAUAAAAAGCCAACAAAUCCUAACGAUCACCGUGGUGUACUCACAACACUUUCAGUUUCAUCUCCUAGAUCUUGGAGUCGUAAUUUUGGUGCAUUGUGGAGAUCUACUUGGUAUUGGCUUCGAUCGUCUGAAAACAAUGCUCAAAUAUAUCCUCAUAGUGAUUCUAAAACUUUAUUGAAUUUUUUCGCAGAUUCUCCAGUCACUAUAUCUGAAAAAAAGCUGGAAAAAAGUCGUGUGAAAUUCGCUCGCCUUACUUAUACUCCAAUUUGUACAGGAUGUUCGAAAUGUUGGGAGAAGAAGUUAAUGAGUUAUAAAGAAUCUGGUCUCGAAGUAAAUACAAAGAAAUCAUCAUCUCUAUUAGGAAGAAUAUUUGGAUUCUCACUAAGCAGUAAUAAUAAAAAAUCAAAUAUUGAUGAAGUGAAAAGUAUAGAAAUUCAACAAGAAAUCAAAGCUAAGAGUUCCAUAGAUAAUCCUGCAUGUGGAGAACUAAAGGAAUUAAUCGUUGAAAAGGCUUCUGGAUUCACAAUCACUCCAGAAGGAGAUCACAUUCGUUUGGAUAUUUUGCGUCGUUCCACCAGCUAUUGGGAUCAUAUACAACAGUUUCGCUCAUGGCUCCUUUCUCAACCGUAUUCAUUUAAAUCUGGUAGUCAGGUAAUAUUGUGUGAUAAAUUGCGUUUGUUUCCUGGUCAAACCGAGGUGAGCUUUUUUCGUUUCUCUAUUAUCAAACUGUUAUCAAGCUAAACCAUAUCUUUAUUUUGUUUCAUGAAUGUUGGUUUACAAUGUUUAUUUGUUCAUUCGUUUGAACAAUAGGAACCUUGUGCCGAAAUUUCAGCGUUUUUGUUGAUUAAGAGACAAGCGGAGAUUAUAUACUGGUGAAUAUUUCUUAGUGAUUUCAUUCUAGUAAUAGAGUUGGGAAAGUUAUGAAAAAUCAAGGCAUCAAAUUAGUCCGAGUUGUUGGUUAUCUAAAUUUCUAAACUGACAAGCGAAUUAAUUUAGCUUCUGAAAUAUUAAAAACGAGGUUUUUUCAUUGUUCGACUCAAAUUAAACACAAUCGAAUGAUAAUUUGGUAAUUGUUAAAAACUUGUAUCUUAUUGUUCCGUUUGUUUAAAUAUCUAAAUUUUUCAAACUCAACUGUUGGCAUUUAACAUGUAAUUUGAUGAAGGUCCGCCAUUUACAUGUUUUGCGUUAUCACCUCUUAUAACUAACGUGGUCUCCGAUACUGUGACUUGUUCUAUGUAUCGAUUUGUGUAACCAUUAUCAGUGGUUUUUUGUACUUAAUUCUAUCUUUACUUAUAUAGUAUAUUGGUUUUUUUCUGUUAAUUCGUUUGUUCACUUUAAAUUCUUUCUCUGCUACUCAAAAUUUAUAUGUACAUAUAUGUUCAUUGUUAUAGAACGAGUUUUAUUGGAUUGACAACGACUACUUUGAGGCCCACCCGAUUGAAGUGAAUUUGCGCCACAACGCUAUCAAUCUUUUCAUGUAAUUUAAUACUUUCACUUAAAUAAACUAGAUUGGUUUUCCUAGUUUAUUAAUGUAUAAUUGAAGCUUCUCUUUGCUCUCUGAUUGGGAACUCAAUUUUUACGUUGAAAGCAGUCCCAUUAUAUAGACGUAAUUGAGCAAGUGGCGAUUUGUGUUGUACUUUGAAAGCUUACCACACUAAUUCAUUACGUAUCUCAUAAGGAUACCUGGCUUCAUAGUUGAAAUCUGUCAGGAGUCCAUGGUACAGUGCCAGUUCAUCCAUUUUCGUUGGUUACGUUGAAGUCAAGCUCUGUUCCUUUUUGUCUGUCUCAUAGUUGGUUUUAUACUAGAAGAAUAUUGCUUGACAGACUUAUCGUGUUUUGGUUAUGGAAGGUUUCUAGUGCGUUAUCACCAUUGUUAUUAUUUUUAUACAGGCAUUGUGAACCACAGUUGCUGUUACAAAUAACUUGUCGUGUAGUUCGUCUGCGCUACUAUCAGUAAGUGGCAUGAGAGUCAGAACACUUGCCGCUUAAAGUUUACUCAUUACUGCCGGUGUGUAAUUACCAAUCUUAGUACUGAUCAUUUUCGACUUUGAAUAUUCCAUAUAAUCUUUUUAUUUGAUCAACUGACAGUGCUACAAAAAGGUCAGUGGUAGGUUCGGAGAAACUUAAUGAAGGGCCUGUCUGUAGUAUCAUUAAGCGAAGACUAAGAAGCCAGUUGUGGUACAUAGAUCCCGAGAAUAAGUAACUUUAUAGGUCUAUAGUGGUGACGUCUGACACACUUGACAAAAUAAUUGUGAGCACAUAUACAAGAACCAGUGAUAUCAUAUGUGAUAACACAUCGGUCUAUAAUCAUGAUAAACAUUCGCGUCAUGUCACUCUGUUUCCCGCUUCACUGGAUUUUAGGUCGUAAUAUAUGAAGAAAUUUGGAGAGUAGCAGUCACGGAUAUUUCGUAUUCGUUAUCCUCUUUAAACCCAGACAAUCAGCUUUCCCCUAAGUACAAUCGAAAAAUAAAUAAAUCGAUUAGGGGAAUCGACUCGACGUUUGACUAUUACCCAUCAGUUGUAUGAAGACUGUUCCCCAUCACAGUAGAUUGUCUACCAUCUUGAGUAAAGAAUCGUGGUCAGACAGAAAAAUACCUGUCCAUCAUGAAUAAAGUUUUCUUUUAUUUCCAAAACCACCUAGUCAAUGUGUUUUGAUUUCCAAUGAAUUCAGGUCUUGGAAGCCAAUAUGAUUGUUGUCGCAGGAACUUGGCUCACCGUAGAUGUAGACUGUUCUGCCAUCAUUGGAGGUUACAUCCAUAUUGGAAGUGAUAGAGUUUUAAGUCGCAAGGGAGGAGGCAUAGUGUUGUGUGUUAGGGAUCACUUCUGUAUACAGUCGAUUGUAUCGGUGGCAAAUGUGAGGUAGUAUGUUGCAGAAUUACUCCUAGAGACGGGUUAGUGGCUAUAGGAGGAAUGUACCGUAGUCCGUGUUUUCUCGUUGACGACUUUACCUUAAGACACAACUGUUGUUGGAGUAAAGCAGAAUGUUGUCUCAUCAUUGGAGAUCUCAACACACUGCAUAUUACCGGACAGGGCCUACAUAACCGGAUGGGUGUUCCGAUUGCGACCUUCAAUCAAUCAUUAUUCAGUGUUCUCGUGUAUCUGCUUCACUCCGACCCUAUAUCUGGCGAGCUAAUAUUCCGGCAAUCCACUGACUAGUCGGUCGAUACGGAUGGAUCGAUCGAAGACGAAUGGAAUAACUUUGAGGCUACAUUCGAGCCCGUAAUAUCACCGUUUAUCACAUGGUCAACACGUAAGCUAUUACAUUGCCCUCCAUGGAUUACUAAGGAAACUCAGAAGCUAUUGAAGCGUAUGAAACACUUCUGGGACUCACUCUCGUCAACAUGACACGCAUCAUUUAUAUGUGAAUAUAAAACAAUCCGGCAUACAUGUAAAUUCCGUACUACUUACGAACGACAAUUGGCAUAUUGCCGUACUUGUUCGAAACGAUUGUUUUCGUGUGUUAAACGGCGGGUGAAACGUAGUGAUGCUAUUCUCCCGUUACUGCUACACGGAAAUUCAGAUUUACUAGCUGAAUCAGAUCGAGCAAAGUCUAAGAAUUUCAAAAUAUUUAUCGGAGUCAACUCUGUGUGUAUUGUUACAAAUACUUGUUCUUAUAACACCGCUCAGAUAUCAGCUAUAAGAUCUGUACAUGUGACUGAGCAAACUGUUCUCUCAUUGGUAACUAAUCUUGAACUUUGUAAGAUACCGGGCUGUGAUGCGUUACAUCCACGACUGCUGUGAUCUCUCGCGGAAAUCAUUUCAAGAGCGCCCUUGACGCUCUUCAACAUGCAACUUUCACUCGCUCAACUCCCUAGAGACUUGAAAGACGCUUUGAUCAGUCCUAUAUUUAUGGAUGGUCAGAGACAAAUCUUAUCUGACUACCAGCAUAGUCGAUAAGUUACUUGAAAAGAUAUUUCGGUUCAAGGAACUAAGUCACAUAGAUUCACACAAUCUGUUAACUCCCGACCAACAUGGGUUUCGCAACGAGCGUUCAUACUUGAAUAACUGACUUAUUGCGAAAGAGGAUUAAACAACGACCCUAGGAAACGGUCUGUUUGUCGAUGUGAUAUUCAUAGAUUUUAGCAAAGCGUUUGGAAAGGUUUCACAUUUAGAUCUUAUGCAGAAGCUCUCGAGCUUCGGAAUGAUAAAUGCUGUACAAGAAUGGAUAAGUAACUUCUUAUGUGACCAUAGAAGGAGAGUGUCAAUGGAAUGCUAUCCGAAUGAAAGCUGGUCAAAAGUGGUGUACCUCAAGGCACCAUCAUAGGCCCUCUACUUUCCCUUCUAUACAUUAAUGAAUUACGGCUUUUGCUUGAGUUGUCGACAUUAUUGUUUGUGGAUGAUGUAAAAAUCUGGUGAACAAUAAGAAGUGAGGCUAUUCAUUUUGAUUUACAAACUGACUUGAACGGAUUGGUUAGGUGGGCUCGAGGUUGGGAUUUAGAAGUUAAUUCUCGGAAGAGUGUGCUCAUGCACAUCGGACACGGUAGUAGUUUUAAUUAUACUAUAUAUAUAUAUAUGGGCCACCAAUUUCGUGUCUUUAGGUAACCCUCGUGCUAUGGACAGAGGAAAACAGACUAGUAGUGAUAGGUCUUUAUUAAGAUCUUCGCGCAGUCACAGAGGAGCGUGAGAUUACCUGUUCGGACAAACAAAGUCUCUCGACAUUCAAUAUAAGAUAAUAGGAAAUAUAAGGCCUUUGCAAACUAAGGAAGUGAAUGAAUGCUUGAACUCUACUAUUUUGACAUAUGCUUAGUUGUUUGAGGUCAACUCUUAACCAAUCAACCUAAACUGUUACACAUUCCUUCCAUGCAUUCAAGAAUAUGAAGACUUAGGAGUAAUAAUAAGUCAUGACUUGAAAACAACUACAUGUUGCAACACAGCUGCUGUCAAAGGUUGUCGUGCGUCAUCGUCUGAUAAGUGAUACUAACUCACUUGAGCGUGUUCAGCGUGUGGAAACAAAAUUAGUUAAGGGUCUUUCUAAACUGUCUUACGAUGAGCGCUUAAUAUGCCUAAACCUUUUCCCCUUGUCGUAUCGUAGGAUGCGGGGUGAAUUUCGUAGCUUUAGUUAUGAUUUAGGUGUCAAUAUCUCUUAUCUUUUUGCUCCCUCCAUCAUUAAUAAUCUCUGAGGUCAUAGCAAGUAGGUCCACAAAUCGCGAUCUAAUAAAUUUAAAGUGGGGUAACGUUGUUCUCAUCAAGUAGUCAAUGUCUGGAUCACCUUACCCAAACAAGUGGUAUCAGCCCCAUCAGUGAAUAUUUUCAAGGAGAAUCUGGACUUUCACUGGAAGGCAAACUGGUUCACCAACCUACUACCCUUAAUACUGAAAACUGAAGACCUUCAGUUUUGUCAGCAUAACUGAGCUAAGUUAUCCCACCAACAACAGGCACUGGAAUUUCAAACGGUUGAAUGUGUCAGCUCUACAAGACUAUCUACAGAAGGUGGAUUGGGAUGCUCAUCCUCAACUGUAUGUGAAUGCUCAUUGGGACAUCUUAGUGCACACUCUCUUAUGUGCUACAAAGCAGUCAGUUCGUCAAACGGUCCAAUUUAGCUACAAGCAACCUACAAUCAUCAGGAACCGCACCCUUCGCCUGGUAAGCCGCAAAAGGCAUUUUUGGGCAGAAUACAAACGAACUGACAACAACGGAGCGUACAGGCAAUACAAACAUAUAAGGGACAUAUGCACGAAGGCUAUUAGAGAAAACAGGAUUCAGUACCAGAUAAAGCUUAUGGAUAAAUUUGUCUCUAAUCCGAAAGGCUCAUUCCGUUAUUCAGCCUCUCUUCGUCAAGCUAAAACUGGAGUUUCCCAACUGCUAGGUCUUAACGGCCCGACCAAUAACGACGGCGACGCCGCUAACCUUUUGACUGAACAAUACUCUCCGACAUUUCAACCGACCCACACCAACUUCACUGAUGACAGCUUCAUCUGCGACUGCACAGAACUUUCUGAAGUGAACCUGAGCGCUGACUUGGUGUUCCAGAAACUGCAGCACCUAGGAAAUGACAUUUCUCCUGGCCCAGAUAUGGUUCAUUCUGCCAUACUGAGGGAAGUAGCCUCAAUCCUGGCAACGCCGGUUGGCGUGAUGUUUUCACACUCGCUAAGCCGUGGCAAACUACCUGAAAAAUGGAAGCUGGCUCACAUCACCAAUUUUUAAAGGAGGUCGAGGCAGCGAACCUUCAAAAAUCAUGGAGUCCCUGAUAUGCGAUGGUAUACAUGACUAUUUACUGUCCUUAAAUUUCUUCUCACCCCAACAGCAUGGUUUCAGGAACGGUUACUCUUGUAUAACCAACCUGCUGACUGCGGCGGACUGAUGGACAAGCAUCCUCGAUCGCAAUGGGAAUGUCGAUAUCAUUUACCUUGAUUUCUAAAAAGCUUUUGAUAAGGUUACCCAUAUAUUUCUUAUCAAUAAGCUCAAACGAUUGGGUAUCAGACCACCUCUAAUUGAUUGGCUCACUUCAUAUCUGAAAAAUCGACAUUUUAAGGUCAGGGUUAACUUCAGUUUAUCUCAGGCUGGAAUUCGCUGCCGGUCGAGCUAGUCCAAGUGACUUCCCGGGAGUCCUUUAAGAGGCAACUUGAUCUAUUCUUAAGGACUAAGGAUAGUAUCAUACUAUGAUUUACCAAUUUCUUUUUCCUCUUUUAUCAUUAAUAUACCUAGGUUCAUGCAUGGGAGUGAAAUUUUUUUUCAUUCCUUUUGAAAAAAUUUCUCAUCCCCAUCUUCUAAUAAUUUUCAUUCUGUUUCGUCCAAUCAAAUAACUAGUUUUGAGUUCGUUAUAAUUGGUCGUUUAUUUCUUAAAAUCGAUAUAAAACAUCAGGACAUGACGACAGAGCACAUUUUCUUACAAUUGUGGACGGUAGUAACAUGCAAAGUACGAGCUCUGUCGUUCCGCACAUUGCCACAGAAACCGAUAACUUAUUCUUGAGCACAUUGUAUCUCGUAGGGUUCCAAUCUCUUGAAGCAUUGAAGAGCUCCAUUAGAACGUAUGAAAGAGCCACGUACUGCCAUUAUGUGGUAAGGGAUUCUCAUUUCCAUAGAAAUCGGAAGCCGUAUAUUAAAUUCGUAUGUUGGAGAAAUGGUGGUAGAACACCUAGCGGUUCCUCACAGCCGAGCAGACGAACGAGGUAAUUUGAUUAGUGUUAUUAUAAUUUUUCAUCAAGGACUACCGUGAACACUCAAUGUCCUUCUUUCGUAUUUUGUAAGUUACCAACUGUCAAAAUAACGUCAAUAUGGAUGCAACGUUAAGCAAUGACGAGGAAGAAAUUGUUUCGAUUAGCUCAGAGGAGUUCACUGAACGGGACGACGACAAUGACGAAGACGCGUAUGACAACAGACUUUGUGAUAUUUGCAAUCUUGCGCAACCGCCACAUGAAACUGCUGAUGGAAGUACCAGGAUAUUUUGUCCAUGCGAAGCAAUGCUUCAUUUAUUUUGUGCCUACGACCCAUCAACACACGUCCAUGGAAUCCACUGUCCCAUGUAGGGAGCUAUAAUGGAAUAAUAGCAACGCCUUUGUUCAUGAAAUUCGGAACUGUCAAGAGAAUGAGUAAAGGACCUUUUCAGGGCCACCCACAAUGUGAUUUAAAUUAUUUUAUUUCAAUUCCUUAUUUCCAUGGCAAAGGUCAAGUGAUGAAACCAUCAAAAUUCAUUUAAGAUUAAUAAUCAUUAUGUGAUUAUCGUCCAUGUAUUAGUAAACGCUUUUUAAGCUUUGUCAAAUACACGGUUUAAGUAAACGAUUUCGUAUAGGAAAUGUCAUCUCAUGAACACUUAUCUGUCUAACAAUAGUACAUGCAAAACCUAUUCAGAAUGUUUCAAUGUUUUGUCAUAUAGUUCAUUAAAUGAUUGUCUACGGUUGCUUCACCUGAAUUAUACAUAUUUUGCAACCAGUAAUUUAUCAUGAUGAUUUAUUGAUAUGUUGAUUUCUUUUUCCCAUUAACACACAAUGUGUUACGAAAAAAACUUAUGCACACACUUCGGUAAUAAUUUGAUUAUUAUUGGGUAUUCAGCAUUAGACAACCGACCGAAUUCAGUAAUCACUAUGAUCAAAUAUUCAAACCGAUUUUCAGUUCCUUUUUCACUCAACUUUCUUUUUAUGUGAUACAUAUAAGUACUCGUGACAUUAAAUCACUUGAUCGGAAAUCAAAAAUUUAUCCCCAAUACACAUUCACUAACAGUAGGAUUGCACGGUAAUGCAAUUCAGUUGGUGUCUUUUUCUUCAAAAGUCUAAAUUUUUUUCAAGACUAGGAUUACACAAAAAAAAUUUAUUCAUUAUCAUUAAAUUUCAAAUGUAAAAAUGAAAAUUCUGACAUCCAAUCACAGCUCUAGAUGCGAUUUCAAUUUCAACUAAUCAGAUUACAAAGAUGAACAGUUUACGACCAAUUACAAAAUGAUUAAAGAUGACAAGAUGUUUGUUCAUUAUCACUUGAGCACACACUUGCAAAACAAGUCCACCAAUCAACGAUACCUAAAUUUUUCAUUCACACCCCACAAUUUUUUUGAAAUGGGUGGUAGGGAAUCAUUUUGGCCGAUCACUUAAUGUCAACCUCAACCUCACUAUUUCAUAACUUACCAUAUAAUUGUUUUAAUGCUGCGACAGCAUCUAAUAGAUCACGAAAGUGCACGAAAGCAUAAUCACGGAUUUUUUUUUAACACGUUCAACAGCAUCAAUUGAAUUAAUUGCUUGGUUGAAAUGAUCCUUUACCGCAUCUUCUGUUGUAUCUAACAUAAAAUUUCUGACGUAUAGUGUACGGACCUAUACAAAGUGAAAUCAAUAUAUAUAUAUCUUGCGAAAUACUAUGAGUGGUAUAAGUUCAAUUAUAAAAUUUAAUUACAUUUUCUUAUAAGAAAUCUUAAUGUAUACCAAAUACAAUUAACGUUUAUACAGAAUUACAUUUACAUAUAUACACUUGAAACUUCGUGAAAAUGGUGUCUCAACAAAUCCAAGUAUGUACUCUCAACAAGUCCUCAACAAAGCUGUUUCAUGUUGAUAUUAUAACCGAUUUCUAUUGUACUUUUUGCUGUAGAGACUAAUGUAUUUUCAUAGACAACAUUUUGUAUUGUUUCGUGCACACAUAUCAGCUUAAUUUGUAAUGAUUUGGAUUCGCGUAGCUGAAGAGAGACGACUGCGUCAAGUGUGAUUCGAUAGGUGCAUGCUUUGUUGUACCAGAAAGUAUUGCUUUUCCCCUUAUGUAUUUUGAGACCUACUGCUGCUGAGGCUGCUGCUACACUCGUUGUUGGUGCAUGUGUGAUAAAAGAGCCAGAUGAUCUGCGAAGUCCAGAUCGUCCAACUGCAUUCUAGCUGUCCAAUGUAUCCCAUGCUUCGCCCCAGAUGUUGACAUCUUCAUGAUCCAGUUUCUUUGACACUGCGUAAUUGACUAAAAUUAAUGGAAUAUCGCAGUAAAAACUAUACAUAUGUAUUCUCGCCUGGCUUUUCAGUGAUAUCUGUAGAAAUUAGGUGAGAUGGAUUGCCUUAAGACAAGUUUGCAAGAACUCUAUUAAGAUUAUGAUGAAAUGUUGGAGAGAAGCGCAAAACUCGGAGGAAAUUUUGGGGAGAAACGCGAAAUUUUUCACAAUUUUGAGGUUUCAUUAAUAAAUACAAGCCGACUUCCUCGAAGUGUAAUAAUAUUCUGGGGAAGUGUGCAGAUUCUGGUUUCUGAAGUUGAUGAAAGAUAUAAUGAUGUUUGUUACAAAAUCAGUGGAUACAAUACUUGAAGGAUUAGAAAUGUAGUGAAAAGUCGCUGUGUAGUUCUAGCUUGGUAUUUACGAGGAUAGCUUCGGAACCGAAUGAAGCGUUCAAAUUAACAAGACUUAUCAGUGGUGACGGCAAAACUACAAUGAAUAUUUCUUUGGAGCAAAUAGAAGCUUCUAUGGAGCGUCAAGAAAAGAGGUUUGAAUAGUCCCAAAUCCGAAUCAUGGAAGCCCUGAUGCAGAAUUUGUGCCUGUCCCAGCAAAACCCUUCUGAUGAAUCACAAGUAUCUCAUAUUGAUUCAAUCAUUAAUGCCAUUUAUACUACUUAUAGUAUUUCACAUAAUAUAUAUAUUCAAGUAAUAAAUAAAAUAAUUUUACUUUGUAUAGAUCCGUAUAUUGUACGUCAGAAAUUUAUUGUUAGAUUGUGGCGGACCAAAAUGUAUAUUAAUUGAAAAAACAGCAAUAAAGUUAUUAUGUCCAAAAGUUAAUGUAGCAAUAAACAACGCAUAAGAUAAUAACACAAAUAAAAGUUUAGGGACGUUACUUAAAUCACCAGGUUGGAGCGUGUGCUGUUGGUUUUGGUACCAGAAUCCACAAUUAUAGGUAAAUAAUAAUUCCAAUGAGACGAUAUGGCUCCAGUAGUAUAUCCGAACGUAGAAGGUAAUGUGAAUGUUACAACAGUCCAUAAAUAUAGAUGAUUGUUAAUUAAUCGUUCCGUUAUCAUAUUCACAAACAUGAUAGCACGAGAGACGUAUGUAUAGAAGUGUAUUUAAUUAUGAGCAGUUACCAAUGUCAUGCUAUGUGGGAUUCAAAAACGGAAGGAAGAACGUAAGUAUUCAAGGUCAUAUACUUGAACAACAAGUGCAAUCGAUUAAUGAUAAAUGUACAGAUUGUGAGAAUUGGGAAAAUAAAUGCAAAAGAUAUCAAAAACUAUCAAAAACAAAAUAGGUUUAUUACGUCUAUCUCCACAGAUAUGGUUAGACGGAUUUAGAAGAUAACAUCGUUCGUACAGGAACACAUCAUUAUCGAUGAACAGUCUUGCGGUGUUUGAAUUAACUAAUGAUUCUUUUGUACUUGUUGAAUCAUUCGAUUUCAAAUUCCAAAUACAAUACAUUCGUUUGUGCUUGUGUCUUACUUCUUAAUUCAAUUGCGUUAUUUCUGGGACUCUUAGUUCGUACUAUAGUUCUAAUAAUUCGAAACAUUAUACUGGCGUCGCAUUCAUCGGAAAAGAAGCAUACAGCUUAUUUAGAACUCUGGCUAUGUCGGAAAAGCCUAUCUCGCUUCCUUAUACAACUCUCAGGGAACUGCUGCUAGACUAUGUUAAUUAUACAAAUUUCGAGUACGGUAAAAGAGGGAGAUCUCGUAAAAUGAUUCAUGAAGAUAUAAAAUUUUUUACUACAUUACUACGUCAUCCCGACCCAGUACAUACUCAAGGCUAUGCAGAUAAGUCAUUGAGGAGUUGCAAUGCAUUUCACGAUGAUGGGCACAAGUUUGGUCAGUGUUUGUCCUGUGGCAUGUUCCACUCUUUUAAUUCAUGUAAAUUUCGUAAUUCUAAGUGCUUUAAAUGUGGUGAUAUUGGACAUAUUCAGUCAGUUUGUAAUGCUAAUGUUCAUCUUACUGCAACUAAUAUUAAGUCUUGUAAUUCUGAUUCUACUGAGUCGAGUAUUCAUGAUGAUCAUUUAUCUUUAUCAACGAUUUCAAAAGACAGUGCAGGUUCAUAUGGCAGUUCAGAGUUAAAUGAAAUCCAGAAUUCUUGUGAGACAACAGUUCCUAAUCAACCAACUUAUCAGAUUUCUCAUGUUAUUGUAUCAAAUAUGGCUUUUCCUAAUGAUUCACAUAUU